UUACCGCUACAGUGCAUGUCAACAGUUUUCCUUUCCCUGCCUGACGCUUGCAAGUGGCACAGCUGCUAUCUAUAGUCCAUCUCUAUUUUAAGACCAUGCAGACAGGACGCAAUGGAGCUCACACAAAUCUUUAUUUACCAUGCAGCUCGAGGGAAAAAAUGGCUAUUCCACACUCGAGUCACACACAAAAUAAUUACUUGAGAGGCCGUUUUAGGAAGAACAGAGAUCCUGGUUUAAGAGACCAUGGAAAUGCCCGAAGGCCUGGGAAUCAACCGGGAUAUUCAUGCUGAGAAUGCGACCCUUGAUCUGGAGAACAGAGAGUGCCAGGCAGGCUGGCUGAGAGUGAGGGUGGAGGACAGUUGGUUCACUGUGGAGCGGGCUUUUCUCCUUAAGUACAGCGACUAUUUCUGUGCUCUUUUUCACUCUGGGAUGAAAGAAAGUCAGCAAGAUGAGCUCUACCUGAAAGGAGGAGUGCACGCAAGAGGUUUCCUCAUUGCCCUUGCAGUCUGCAGGGGAGAGAUUCCCACCAUCAGUGAACCAGAUGAGCUUGUCGAAGCGGUCGAGUGUGCUGCUUUUCUACAGGUUGAACAUUUGGUCCAGCAUCUUUGCGACAUUAUAGACUCGGACAACUGCCUUCUGCUUUACCAUACAGCCUCCAUAUUUGGGGUGCACGCACUGUUUCACAAUGCUGCACUCUUUCUUUGUGACGCCUUUGAUGAUCUCAAGGAUGAAGCAGAAAGUUCAAUUCCUGAGGAGCUGCUGCAAUACUCUCAAACUUUGUCCCCUUCUUCUUUUAUUGCUAUAGGGACCCAUUCUCCUUCACUGGAGCUGCUGCAAGACUCCUUCAGGAUCGUUUGCUACCUCGACGAAAAAGAGGGGCAGUGGAAGCAUCUGACAGACCUACCAACUGCUUGCAGCACCUCCAUGGCUGGAGUAGCAGUUGUUGACAAUCGCUUAUAUAUCGUUGGUGGGGUUUUUGGAUACAGUAAGGACACAGUGGACAGUAGCUUCUGCUACAACCCCGAUUCAGGACUUUGGACUACUCUCCCAGGUCCCCAGCAACCCAGAUAUGAUUUUACCCUUCUUGGGCAUGAAGGUCAGCUCUACGCCAUUGGUGGAGAGUCCCAAAAGCAGAUAAUUUCCACAGCAGAGACGUAUGAUGUUGUAAAAGGAGAGUGGACAUUUAUACAGCAUGCGCCACGACCUGUAGCAUCUGCAGCUUGUGCUGUUGCUAGACGGCGGAUAUUUAUUUGCUUCUGGAAGCCACCAGACACCACAGACAUCUAUGAAUACGUACCUGUGAAUGAUGAGUGGAAGCUUGCUACCACACUGAUCAGACCUCAGAGCUAUGGCCACUGUAUGGUAGCUCACAAGGACAAUUUGUAUGUGAUGCGCAACGGGCCUUGUGACGACUUUCUUCGCUGUCUAAUGGAUUGUUAUAAUAUCACAACAGGCCAGUGGACAGCUAUGCAUGGGCAUUACAUCAACAGCAAGGGAGCUCUGUUCACCGCAAUGAUCAGGGGGGAUUCUGCGUUCACAGUGAAACACAUGUUAACUCUUGUGUAUACCAUCACUGAAAAUGGAUGGAAGCCCCGUAAGCAGAUGAACGGAUUUCCAAAGAGUGGUUCACUGUGGACAUGUUUACUCAGGCUUCCCAAGACGGGGCCAGUUAUACCACAGCUGGAUGCAGAAGGCAAGGAAGGAGAAAUGCCUCUGUCAGACCUGUCUGAGGCAUAUCUGGAAGCUAUACAGCACUUGUGAAAUGAAUGUACAACUGAAAAGUAAAGCGUUUUUUGAGUUUUUAAAUGACAAAAUAAGUCCUUGAAAAUACUGCUGCUAAAUAAUUCUGAAAGCUUCAAAUGGACAAAAAUUUACUUUAUUUCAAUGCAUCCAAUUCACAUGCACUCUCACACACAUGCUGACAAGCACUUGCACUGAUUAACAACAGCUGCUACUGCAGUUUAUAGUAGGGAGGCCACUGUGCAUGUGUGUAAAGUUCAAAGGCACUGACGGGAUGUUCUAAACCUUUUUCCUGAAGUCACACUGGGCCAAUUCAGAAGCCACUGGUCUCCUAGUCAACAUGAAACACAGUGUAGCUCCCUCUCACACACUCCUGAACAAUCACCUCUCCAGUCUUGUUGCCCCAUGGGCUGUUAAAUACCUGCUUCUGUGGGAGAACACAUUUCACGAAGCCUCGGCUUGCAACUCUGAUGGUUGAGGGGAAUGAUUUUGGCUUGCAUGACCACAGACGUUAUUUGUGUCAUUAUAUUAAAACUGCUGCAGCUGGGUUUCAAUAUCUGACAACAACCCAUUAACUUACAAGUACUUUUUACUGUAAGUUACAGUACUGUUUUUAGCACUACGCUUCUUAGUGAUAGCUGUGCACAUACUGUAACACAAGACCAAAAUGCUGUCGGUUACAUAUCAAUUUGGAAUUUGUCUUCUGGCUUCUUUGGUAUACAGUAGGAUAUCUUGAUCACCACUGAUUUGUUCCAUCUACUAUAUUACUUCAGCCACUGACUCGGGUCAGUGCUAUUAACAUUCCCAUAACCACAGUGGCAGAGACCCAAAUAUCUGUGCUUUUUAAGCCAAAUCAUUCUGCAUCAUUCUUCUGUUACUCCAAUUAUGGAAAGAACUGGCCAACACUUACUGUUCUGGGGGGUGGCAGGUCGGGAAGGUGCUUUUGUGGGACGGGGACACGUUUUGCUGCUUUUCCAUUGAGCAGGGCAUCUAAUCUGUCAUCUUGGUAACACAAGCAGAGAGUGGAAGGUCAGUAUAUACCAGGCAUUUUGCAUUUAAAUUCAUUUCCAUAACAUACCAGAACAUUUCAGGAUAAAUGAAUAGCUGUCAUCUUGCAAGUAUAAAUUCCACAUAUCCAGCUAUCUCGGUUAAAUAUUAAUA